AUGGAAUUUAAUGAUAAGAAAUCAAAUUAUGAACUUUUAGGGGAAUACAAUGUUCAUUCGUUGACCGAGUGCGCUGCGUUGUGUCAAAUUUUUUCUAGCACGCCCAAAGAUUGCAAGGAUCUUCGAGAAAAAGGACAUACCAUCACAGGGGUGUAUGAUAUAUACCCCUACCGUACACUAACAGUACCUGUCCGUGUUUUCUGCGAUAUGACCACAAUGGGCGGGGGGUGGACGGCCAUUCAGAAACGCGUAGACGGAUCCGUGAUCUUUGACAGGUUCUGGGCGGAUUAUAAAAAUGGGUUUGGUUCACCAGAACAGAAUGUCUGGAUUGGGAAUGACGUAAUCCAUCAAUUAACAAAAGAAAAAACCUCAUCCCUGUAUGUGUCCAUCACUCUCCAGAAUGGUACAACGCUGUAUGAAAUGUACGACGGAUUCUCCGUCUCCGACGAAGCUGGAAAAUAUCAACUCUUUCUUGCAGGACCUGCCACGGGGACUUUAGGGGACAGUAUGUUAGACACUGGUUCUUCUUAUGGUGAUCUGUCCGGGAUGUCCUUCUCCACUCCAGACAGAGAUAACGACUUGUGGAGGGGUGGUAACUGUGCUGCUUCCAGUAACACUAGAGGUGGCUGGUGGUUCAACUACUGCCACUGGGCCUUCCUUAACGGCCUCUGGCCCCCGGCAGACUGGAUAAGUCCCUGGUAUCCCACAGUAGAGAGUGGGCCGUCAGUGAAGGGGACCACCAUGAUGAUAAAACCUCACUAG